CUCCCGCCACCACAAAGUCAGGCACUGAAUUAACGCAAGACGACGACAAAUUCGAUAAUUCUUAUGGAAAUGCGCACUGCCGGAUCUGACAAACAGCAUACUCACACGAAUGUCUUGCGACAAGCUUAAACCUCACUUUCUUAUCCUCUGAAAGGACGGAUUCUCGUUAAAACCGCCACUUUGCACCCACUACAAACGAAGAGCUACAAACGAAGAGCUACAAACGAAGAGCUGCCAACGCAGCUCACCUUCAAAACGUCUUCCACAAAGAAACGAAAGAUCGAUAAGGACGAGCUCGUGUAUUCUAAUCACACAUCGGAUAUUCCUUUUGCAUCGAUCGAGGACCAGGAAGUUUCUCGGCGCUCACAAACCCCACCACGACCCGACAUAUCCACUCAGAGCGACAGCCAACGGAGCCUCCCUCGCCACAUACCACCCCACAUUCAUAACGAAGCCUCGUUCUCAGCUCAGGAUAAUAUCCCUUCCGCAGCAAGCUCCCCGAGCGCUGCGUACUCUGGGUUGUCAAUCGAGGGUGAACGAGGCGGGGAAACCGGAGCUGGAGGUGGACCCCCAAACUCUGGAAGUCAAGGAAAUCGAAGCCAGUCGCCGAAUAAGUCGUUUAUACAAAGGGCUAUGAUGGGAGGCGCUGCAGAUAUUCCACUCCGGUCGUCGUCGCCGCUGAAGAGACCGGCUUCAGAGCUGGAGCAAGAGAACCCCGCGAAAGAUAAGGAGGAUGUCGACAUGGAGGGUUUUGAAACGUCGAAAGAGCUUCCAGAUAACUCGAAUCAAGGCCCCGACGCGAAUGGCAAUGGAGAAACUGAAAUAUCACAACUUCAGGAGCCUGCAAGCCAAGAUACAGAUACAUCUCUGCCCGAGGCUGAUGGUGAGAUGUCUGAAGAUGUUCCUCCUAUCGAUGAGCAAAUAAGACGGAUCAAAGAAUUACACGAGGCUUUUGAAAGCCAACCUCUCACCCCCGACACAAAAACUUAUAUUAUAUCAAACACUUGGUUGGACAACGUCCAAGCUCACGCAUCCGGCGCCAAACUGUCAAAUGCGGAGCCAGUCGGCCCUGUCGACAACGCAGAUAUUGUCUACGAGAUUAUAACGGAUCAGAACCAGCAGCCAUUCGCCAGGUUAAAGCACGAAGUUGUAGGCGGCUCGGUCGCCUACUUCCCCGAAGAGGCAUGGAAUUUGGUGGUGCAGUGGCAUGGCCUGAAGGCUGGCCAGGUGCCUAUCAUAAGGCAAGCCGUCGAUACUAGCAUGGAUCCUCAAGUACCGAACGUGCAAUUUGAACUUCACCCUGUCGUGUUUAAGAUCCACAGGCUUUGGGCAGUUAGCAGCCCGUUGCCUAUUUCACAGAUUUUGAAGGCGAAGAAUCCACCUGCGCCCAUUUUUAUUAUGAGCCGCAACGACAGAUUCCAGGACUUCCUUAAGAGCAUCAAGAAAUCGGCCAACAUCGAAACUCAGCAGACGGUGCGAGUUUGGACCGUACCCAUCUUCUCUGACGAAAAGACAGCGGCGGCUGCACCUGCCGGCGGUGCAUCACCCCCUCUAUCAAGAGCCAGCACACCAGCUCCAGAGGCCAAAUCUGCAGAAGAUUGGACAAAACUACUUGUGGAGGCCGCGACGUUUAAUGGCCUGACACGAGGUGCGCAGCGGGAGAUAGUGGACACCAAAGACUUCACAAAUGAUCCGAAAUAUAACGGCCGUUCGACAAUUGCCAUGACUGGGUUGGGCAAAGACCAAGCCCUUGUUCUGGAUGAGCUUAUCGAGAGUAAUACGUAUUUAGCCACUUAUGCCCAAAAGGUUGCCAAGCAGGGAACUAAAGGCAUUGCCACCGGUUCAGCAAAUAUGAAUCGGGCUUCGGCAGUACCAAGACCUGACAGUGGACGAAGCAGCCCUGCUCCCUCGGUGCCUAUGACGCGUGGGCGCGUGCAGAAACCUUCUGGCAAGACAGUGGGCACAGUUGGGCUGGCCAACCUCGGAAAUACUUGCUACAUGAACUCCGCCCUCCAGUGCAUCCGUAGUGUCGAGGAAUUGACCAAAUAUUUUUUGGCAGAUGAAGCCGAAAAGGAGCUCAAUACUGAGAACCCGCUUGGCAAAGGCGGCAAUGUGGCACUUGUAUACAACGCACUUUUAAGAGAGCUCUACAAAGAGCCUCCGCCUUCGUCAAUUACCCCCCGGCAAUUCAAAAACACGUUCGGGAGGUACUUUGGCUCGUUCUCAGGAUAUGGCCAGCAGGAUUCUCAGGAGUUCCUGGGCAUUCUUCUGGAUGCUUUACAGGAAGACUUGAAUCGUGUCAAGAAGAAGCCGUACAUAGAGAAGCCAGAUUCAACAGACGAAAUGGUCGACAAUCCAGCUGCGCUGAAGAAAAUGGCUAAAGAAGUUUGGGAUAUCACGAAGAGGCGUGACGACUCUGUUAUCGGAGACCUUUUCACAGGGAUGUACAAAUCCACACUCGUUUGUCCGGACUGCGCCAAAGUAAGCAUAACGUUUGACCCGUUCAGCACUGUUACUAUGCAGUUGCCCAUUGAGAGUACUUGGGGUCAUGAGGUAUUCUUUUUCCCUUUGAACGAUAAGCCAGUCAGGGUUGCAGUGGACAUGGACAAACAGGGCAGUAUAAAAGGGCUGAAGACAUUCGUCAGCAGCAGAGUUGGCGUUGCCGUCGAACGGCUUUUCAUCGCAGAGGAAUUCAACAAUCAAAUAUACAGGAUUCUUGAGGACACAAAGUCAGUAUCGGAGGACAUCCAGGCCAACGACCGCAUCAUGGUUUUCGAGCUUGAGGCAGUACCAACAAAUUGGCCGCCUGUCCGGAAGCCCAAACAGAAGUCUAGGUCAAUGCUUAACAUAAGCUACCCGUAUCAAGACGAGGACGAGGGAGAUAUUCCGAGCUGGGAUUCGCCUAGAGCGGAACGAAUGAUCGUGCCGGUUAUUUCGAGGCGGCAAAAUCCCAACCCAACCCGAUUUGGCAAGCCGCUUAUCCAUGCCUAUGCCCCGUUUUUUAUCACGUUGACUCCAGAAGAGGCCCGCAGUGAAGACAUCAUUCAACGGAAGAUCCUUGAACGAAUUGCCAAUCUUACCACAUAUAACAUGAGCGGUUAUGAAACUGAUGACGACCAAAGCGCAGAACAAGACAUCGUUAUAACUACUGCCUCGGAUACGUCGUCUGGAGAUGGUAAAGUUGUGGGUACUUCGAUCGAUGGCGAGGAUGAUGUAGUCGACGUCACUGUAACAGGGCAAAACGAUGGACAUGCGCCGGCAGAAGUAGAUGGCGGGUCGCAGAAGGAUUCCAAUCCGAGAAAGCGAAAAUUCCAAUCAAGGCGGCCGAAGUGGAUUGAUCCCGAGCAGUUCAUCCCUUCCGAGUACAAUAACCUUUUCGAGUUAAGUUAUUUCACGAGCAAAAAAGAGGUUGUUCCCACAGGAUGGGGUGUGGUGGACGAGGAGAAGCUAUAUCCACGGCUCUCCAGUCGGAUGCCUGUUGUCCAGGACGCUGUUGAAGUUGACGAUGACGCGUCUAACGGGUUUGCUUCCAAUAAACCCCAAGGAUCUGAUGGCGAAAGUAGUGAAGACGAUAUUGGCGACAUCCCACAAUUGGCACCAACACGAAUGAACGAGGAAUCAAGUGACGAUGAUGAUUUAGCGCCGAAUACAAGGGUUUUACCUGUUCGCCCAAUCGCCCAACACGCCGUGUAUAAAGGUAACAAGCGUACACCGCAGAGGACACGCAUGUCUAGCGAGGAAGUUGAGGAAGACGCUAAUCCAGGACCUCUCGUUCGACUUGGGGAGGGCAUUGUUGUCGACUGGUAUCAAGACCCUUUCGCCACGUUAUUUGAAGGUGACCGAGAAGAUACGAUGCGUGGCCGGGAGACCUGGUCCAGCGUCGGCCUGCUGGAAGACCCAGUCCUUGAGGCCAAGCGCAAGUCUCGUCUACGCCGCCGCUCAAAGGGGUUGUUUCUGGAUGAGUGCUUAGACGAGUUCGGGAAAGAGGAAAUCUUGUCUGAGAUGGAUACAUGGUACUGUCCGAGGUGUAAGGAGCAUAGACGUGCCAGCAAGAAACUCGAAUUGUGGAGGACGCCGGAUAUCAUGGUGUUCCAUCUGAAGCGUUUCAGCUCCACUGCUAUGCGUCGAGACAAGCUGGAUAUCCAAGUCACCUUCCCCAUCGACGGCCUUGACAUGAGUACAAGAGUUCUUGAGCGCGAAGAUGGCAAGAAAGAUAUCUAUGACCUAUUUGCCGUUGACAACCACUACGGUAGUCUUGGUGGUGGACAUUACACCGCGUAUGCCAAGUCUUUCGUCGACGGCGCGUGGUAUGAUUAUAAUGACUCCGCCGUCAGCAAGCUGAAAGACCCUUCGCACGUAAUUUCAAGCGCAGCAUACCUCCUCUUCUACCGCCGUCGCUCAGACCAGCCCCUCGGCGGCCCGCGCUUCCAGGAGAUCUUAGCGCGCUUCGACAACCCCCCUGCCACCUCCGAAGAUGAGUCCAGCGGCUCGGGGGAAGGCCAGCGUCUCGGCGCGGACUCCUCCCUUCGUGGGUCGCCGAGCGCUUUGACCGGAGUAGAAGCAACUCGCCAGGCAGGGCAUGGUUCGGUCAGUGGAACCACAGCGGGCACAGUAGCAGCGACGAGAAGCGUGACUAAUACUAGAAUCGUGCCACCGUCCGACAUUGAUAGCCCACCUGACUACAAGGACGCGCUUGAGGAUGACGGCGCGCCGCUCCUUGAGAGGGACGCUAUCAUGAACGACGGCAUCGAGAUGCGCGAUGCGUCAGGCGACGAGGCUAUCGACCUUGAAUCAACAUACGAGGGGAACUUCCCUGGCGCGCGCGUAGGCGGCAUGGAGCCAAACUGGAACUUCUCCGCCCUCGCCCAGCCGUACUCGCACAACAAUUACCCAGCGAGCGCGACGUCCGUCGAGCUUGGGUCAGUGGGAGCGCGCAGCGAUGAUGUGCAGCACGAUAGCUCUGCGUCGGAGGGGUCGAUGGCGGGCCGACUCGCGGAUUUUGACGCAGCGGACGUGGAUGAGGAUUAUGUUGACCAGAGCCCUGUGCCGGAUCUCGACGAGGACCAGGUGGAUUUGCUCAGUCUACAUGGGGAGCUUGGAGAUAUGCAGGCGAGGAGGAGGUAUGAGGAGGUUGUGCCUGAGGUGCCGGGGAGUGAGGGCGAGGCCGCGGAGAUACACGUUCACGAGGGGGAGGGUGUGAAUUGAGCGUGCAUAGGUCUGCAAGGAGUGAGCUUGAGAGGUACCCGCCGCGUCGGCAUGUCGUCCGCGACACUCCUUUACGACAUCCCGAGAGACCCUCAUCUAUGUUGGGUAGUUGAGAAGGAGGGUCAUCUUGGAAGGCGGGGUUGGCGGUGUAGGAUGGGGGGUAGAUACGGGACACGAAAUCAAAGAGAGCACACGCGUAUAUGAGGGCCUAGGCUCUUCUAGAACGGGGGAAAAAGAGGGCGCCGGGGGAGUUGCAUCCGUGGAGUUCUGCGAAAACCGCAUCUCUUUCCCACCAUACAGUUGCAACUGCCCAUAAUGAAAUAGACCA